AAGACGAUGAAAAUCAAGACAAGGAUUGUCAUCGUUGUUGGAGCUCUUUGCCUGUUGGUCUUCGUUUUCUAUAAGGAGCCACAAACAACCGUUUCCUCUCUCAAGCCCUCCAGAGAGAAAAGCGAGCAAACAGAGCCACCCAUCAAAAACAACUCUUAUACACACUCCUGGCAAAAAUGCCAGAUAAACGUGACCGCUUCAAACGUCACAGGCUUCUCAGAUCUUCCUCAGACAAUCAAAGACUUCCUCUACUACCGUCACUGUCGGCAUUUCCCCUUGCUGCUGGACCUCCCCGAUAAAUGCGGAGGAGCUGAGAAGUCUGGAGAUGUUUUCCUCCUGCUGGUCAUCAAGAGCUCCCCGGCCAACUACGAACGGCGGGAGGUGCUGCGGAAAACCUGGGCUGCAGAGCGGCUACACAGAGGCGUGUGGAUUCGAAGGAUUUUCAUCUCCGGAGUGUCGGGUGACGGUUACGAUGAAGAAAGACUGAACAAUCUCCUCAAGCUUGAGCAACAGGAAUACAGAGACAUCCUCCAGUGGGACUUCAACGACACGUUUUAUAACCUCACAUUGAAGCAAAUACUCUUCCUGGAAUGGAUGGAGAGAAACUGUCCAAACGCUCGCUUCCUCUUUAACGGCGACGACGACGUGUUCGCCCACACGAGCAACAUGGUCGUGUAUCUCCAAAGCCUCGAGCAGAAUGACGGGGGCCGUCAUCUCUUCACCGGUCACCUGAUCAUGAACGUGGGGCCCAUCAGAGCACCGGGGAGCAAAUAUUUUAUCCCAGUUCAGGUGCAGGAAUCAAACUCAUACCCUCCGUACUGCGGUGGAGGGGGCUUCCUUCUGUCAGGGUACACAGCAGGGAUCAUAUACCGCAUGUCCAAAUCCAUACCGAUUCUUCCCAUCGACGAUGUUUACAUGGGGAUGUGUUUGGCCAAAGCCGGACUUGACCCCACCUCACACAUGGGUGUGAAGACCGCGGGGCUACACAUUCCCUCCCGCAAGGUAGAUGGAUACAGUCCGUGCUUCUAUAAAGAAAUGUUGCUGGUGCACAGAUUUCUCCCAGGUUCCAUUUUCCUCAUGUGGAACAGAAUACAGAACCCAAAUCUAAUAUGUGGCUCCUCAGGAAAGGCCCAAUAGAACUGAACAAUAUCUUGUGCACCAGCUCAAAUGACCAUGCAAAUGUAUAUAUAAAUUUGCAUGGACACAUUGCACUGGCUUUGACUAAUGCAUUUUUUUUUAUUUACUUGUGUCAGGUGGACUUAAAACAUUGUCUUUGUUUUGAACCCGAAGAAUGUAAUUUCAGUUAAUCGUUUGGGUUCUGGACAAGUUUUUUUUUAUGAACUGCUUUGCUGAGUUGGUUCUGUUA